AUGCCAUCUUGUCCCUCGUGUUUUGGAAGUCAUAGUAAUGAUGACGAUGAACCAAAGGAAGGAGAAUCAUUCAGUAAAUUAGACUAUAAUUCUGAUGAUGAUAGAGAGCCAGAAGAUCCAAAAUUUAAACCAAAUUUCAAUGAACAAGUGAAAUACAACCCACAAAUUACGAGAGUGAAGAAAAAGGGAAGAUGGCCUACCGAUAUUCCAUGUUUGAUUUUGUUUGUAUUAUAUUGCCUGGGAAUGUUUGCGGUUGCUAUCAUUGCAUGGAGGUUCGGAACACCAAGCAAAUUGUACUAUGGAACUGAUUACAUGGGGAGAACUUGUGGGCAAGACAACAGAAAUGCAUCCGCGAACACGCUGAAGAUUCCAUUCGAUGAAGAUUGUAUUAAUAGUCAAAAGCUCAUUAACAACAAGCAAACAAAUACCACUGCAGUGCAAUUGUGUGAGGAAAAAGUUAAACAGUAUAAGGUUGAUUUUACAGAUCAGUCUCGAUUAUGGUUCAUGGAAGUAUUGGAUCCAUUCUACUAUGGAGGCCUUUGUGUGUCCUAUUGCCCUGGUUUAUUGUCUUCUGGUGAUUCUCUGAUCAGUCAACUCAAUCGAACAGCAGCAUGUCCACCAGAAUUACAGUCAACAACUGUCGCAGUUUCGGGUUAUAGCGUGCCAUUCCUUACUUAUUGCAGUGGCAAAAGAGUUGAUUCUCCGGAGACAUUCCCUGUAAAUGAUGUUUCGAGAGCUUUGUCAACCCAAUUGUCGUAUUUUGAUGUUGUCAAUAGAUGCAUUCCAACAAUUACCACUUCUGGAAAUCUUACUCUCAAUGAAAUUAUUGCAAAAAUUUCUAAAGUCACAUUUGCUGGAAAUUAUUCCUCCAUUGUGGACGAUGCCAGCCAAGUUGUAUCAACCUUUUGGGAUGACGUUACAAGAGGUUGGAAGGUGCUGGUUGCUGCUCUUUUGAUUGCUAUCAUUCUCGGAUUUGCUACCUUGUUGUUUAUCAGAAUUUUUGCAGGAGUCAUUACAUAUUUAACAAUAUUAAUUUGUAUAUUGUCAUUCCUAGGUUUGGGUGCUUUCAUGACAUGGUACGGAUAUAGCCAAGUACAAGCCAUGCAAUUGAAGCAAUUAUCUACGACCGUUCCUAAUGUCAUUUUAUGGAGUGGUGUUGCUGUUAUGGUUAUUGGAUUAUUACUUGCUAUUGCUUCUGCUAUAUUUAUAAUGAGAAUUAGAAGAGCUAUUGGUAUUAUUCAAGAAAGUUCCAAGUCAUUGAUGUACAUGCCACAAGUCCUCUUGUUACCAGUAGUUUUUGCUGUGAUUAUUGGACUAUUUGCCGCUUAUUGGUGUGUUGUGAGCAUAUUUUUAUAUUCUGCAGGAGAUCCUGUCAUCAAGGGAGGAGCUGUACAAUAUGUAUUGAGUACAUGGAUGAGAGGAAUCCUUGCCUAUCAUAUUUUUGGAGGGUUGUGGAUUCUGGCCUUCAUUCAAGCCAUGGAGUUUUUGGUUUUGAGUGGAAGUGUAGCUAGUUGGUAUUGGAGAAGAGAAAAAAGAUUUGUGUUGGGUAUGCCAGUUGUUCGAAGCUUUUUCAGAACUGUUGUUUUUCACACAGGUACAGCUGCGUUUGGAUCAUUAAUUGUGGCUAUUGUUCAAGCAAUUCGAUUACUUUUCGAAAAAAUCCAAAGAGAAUUGGAAACAGCAUCAAACAAUAAUCGUAUUGUUAAGGGAUGUGGAUGGUACGUGAGAGUUGUGCUGUGGAUUAUCGAGAAGGUGAUCAAAUUCUUCAACAGACAGGCCUACGUUCAAACUAGCAUGUAUGGCACAGGUUUUUUAACAUCUGCCAAGAAUGCAUUCCUUCUCAUGCUCAGAAAUCCAAUUCAAAUGGCCAUUACUCAAAGUUUGAGUACUGCAAUUUUAUUGCUAUCAAGACUUGCUAUCUCGUGUUUGACAUGUCUCUUCACUUAUGGUAUUGCUGCAAAGACUACUUUCCUCAACUCUGACAAUAAGGAAAUUCAAAAUCCAAUUUUCUUGGCAGCAAUUGCAUUCAUUAUUGGUUUUGCAGUGUCUAGUUUGUUCUGCAUCAUUAUUCAAUGCGCCAUUGACACAGUCUUGCAAUGCUUCCUUAUUGAAUUAGAAAUGAGAAAAGCAGAUCCAAGUAUCCCAAGAUUCUGUACCAAAUCUCUCAACAGAUACAUUGAAGAAAAUAUUAGAUUGGAAAAGCUCAGCAAUUUCAUUUGCCCUCUAUGCUGUUGCCUCACUUGCAUGUGUUGUUCUGGUCAUUCUGAUGCAUCAAAAGGUGUAGCUCCUCCUGUUGCUUCAAACAAUAUUGAGAUGCCCAGUGCACCCCCAAUGCAUGUGUAA